CAAUUCUUCUAUUUAGUUACACUAUUUCAGCAAAGGGACAUCCCAUCCCUAUCGAUUCAUCUCUCGUACAAGGAGCUAAGCCAUUCCAUCUAUUUCUUUUCAUAACUUGCUGUGCUUAUCGCUUAUCCGCGCGUCGCCUUCUUCCCGUGUCCACUGUCCAAUGACGUACGGUGGCCUGCAGCUUGGAGCAAUUAAUUUAAUUUCUGUAUAACAUACACAACAUCCACACUAGCAUCUUCAAACAAACACACAGCCCGUGGCGCAGAAAUAAUGGGUGUCACUACCAUUCCAGAGAUUAAAUACACACCACUCGAGGAGAUCCCUCAGCGCGUGGCAAAGCUCCGCGACUCAUUCAACGAGAACAAGACGCGACCCGUCGAGUACAGACUGGUCCAGCUCCGGAAGCUGUAUUGGGCUAUCAAGGAACGGGAGGACUUGAUCCAAGAGGCUCUCAGCUAUGAUCUGGGAAAGCCCGCUUUCGAGGCCUACAGCGGAGAGAUCGGAUGGCUCGAAAACGACAUCAUUUUCGUUACUCGCCAUCUGGAACAGUGGGUCAAAGAUGAGAAGCCCUCGUAUAUCGACUUUUCGUUCAAAUUCGUGAACCCGAGAAUCAGGAAGGAUCCGCUGGGAAUAGUGCUCGUUAUUGGAUCAUUCAACUUCCCCUUCCAGCUUACGCUUGGGCCCGUCAUUGGGGCUAUUGCUGGAGGCAAUACCGUUGUCAUCAAGCCUAGCCAGAACUCCUCUCGCAGCGCCGUUGUCAUGCAGCAGAUCAUUGAAGCCUCAUUGGACCCUUCAUCCUAUACCAUUGUUCAGGGUGGUAUCCCUGAGACGCAAGCCCUGCUUGAGGAACGAUGGGAUAAAAUCUUCUUCACCGGUAGUGCCCCUGUCGGUAGAAUCGUCGCCAAGGCUGCUGCUGAACAUCUGACGCCCGUCGUACUGGAGCUGGGCGGAAUGAACCCGGCCAUUGUGACCAAGAACGCCAAUCCAAGACUGGUUGCGCGCAGAAUGCUUUGGGGCAAGACGUUGAAUGCGGGUCAGGUCUGUACUUCGCAGAACUACAUCCUUGUGGAGAGGGGAAUUCUCCCCGCAGUGAUCGAAGAGUUCAAGAAGGCGUACAACGAAUUCUAUCCCCAGGGAGCCAAGGCGUCCCCCGACUUCGCGCGUAUCAUCAACGAUGGUGCGUUCAGACGUCUCAAGUCUAUGAUCGACAGCAGCCAGGGCAAGAUUAUCGUGGGAGGCACCCUGGAUGAGAAGACGCGCUUUAUCGAGCCCACUAUCGUCCAGGUAGAGUCUACCGAAGAUGCCCUGCUGACCCAGGAGAGCUUUGGCCCGAUUAUCUCCCUUCUCCCCGUGGAUAGUUUGGACGAGGCCAUCGAGAUCGCCAAUAGAGUGCAAGCUACCCCCCUUGGUAUUUAUGCGUUUGGUACGAGCGAGGAGGCAGAGAAAGUCCUUCGAAGCACACGUUCCGGUGGCGCCGCGGUCAACGACGCUGCUUUUCACAUUCCGACACUCGAAUUCGGCGGUGUCGGUGAAAGUGGACAUGGUGCAUACCGUGGCAAGGCCAGUUUCGAUUGUUUCGUGCAUCGCCGUCCGGUCACGACUACUCCAAGCUGGCUCGAGAGCGUUAUCACUAUUCGCUAUCCUCCGUAUGCCGGGAAGCUGGCCAAGUUCAGGGUCGCUAGCCAGCUGACACCUGACUUUGACCGCGAGGGACGUAAGAUCCGCUUCCGCUUGCUUCGUGCUAUUUUAACGCUUGGCGGAGGUACUGUUAAGGCUGGUGCUGGGAGAGCUGCAGUCCUAGCUAUUCUCAUCUACUUCAUCAAGCAGUUCAUCGAUCGACGAUCGAAGCCGUAAACCAUUUUCUCCCUACAGUGGUCCCGGAGAACGGUAAAUUGUUAUGGCCAUUGACGAUUGGAUGUAAGUACUACCGGGAAAACGAUGGAUGGAUCGGAUGAAUUUGAUUUCAGCUUAUUCUGUCUUUUUCUUUUCUUUUCUUUUCAUAUUUUUUUCUAGUUGUAAUAAUACUCUCAUCGAACUGUUCGAUACUAUUCUGUUUGUUAGUUCCAUUUUGUUGAUAAUGUAAUAUCUUGAGAGAUAUCUUUUGUGUUUGUGCUAUGUAUAGAUAUCUACUCUCGUGCUAAAUGGUAGGAUCUUCCAGUCCUUUCCACUUUUAAUUCUUUACUCUUCGCGCACCCUUGCAGUAGUACGUGGUAGUAGCUUCUUACUUUCAGAGAAAGAAAGUGCAUAUUUGGAAUCCAAGAUAGACUAAUGUUGAUAUUGACAUCUACGUCAAAAAAGAAAAUAAAAAUAAAAAUGAAAUGCUG